GAUCACAGUCUAGAGCUCCCUAGUCCGUGGAUUCGGGCAAAUAUGGACCUAGACGAACGCCCAAGCAAGGUCAGAAAGGUCGGAACAGCGGAGGGAGCUGGGACUGACCUCGAGGCAGACGCACCUCUGUUGACCAAAGUCAUACCGCCCAGUGAUACUCAGGAAGCUGCUCAUGCGCCGGCAGGCCCGUUGAAGAGCGAACCGUCCGAUGAGAACGACUCAGAUGCACGACUUCAAACAUCAGACUCAGCAAAAACCAAUGGCGCCUCACUCGAGUCCACAACUCAAACCGCCAAUGGCGAACCUGACAAACCCAUGUCCAAAAAUCAACUGAAGAAACAGCGCAAGCGUGAAGCGUGGGAGGCCGGGCGACCAGCGCGAAAAGAGAAACGAAAGCAGAAGCUAUUAUCCCGAAAACAACGAAGAAGAGAGGCGCGAGAUGAAGCUUCACACUUGGAACAAUCCCAGGGCGGAGAAGAUAGCGAGGUACAAGGCGACCAGGCUCAGCAGCAGCGGCAGCAGCAAGACCAAAUCAGUCGUCGGGCCCAUAGGCGGCGCCAGCAUGUCAUCUUACCUGUGACCAUAAUCAUCGACUGUGGCUUUGACGACCUCAUGACAGAAAAAGAAAGAAUUUCCCUCGGUUCGCAACUCACUCGCUCAUACUCGGACAAUUCUCGAGCACAGUUCCAAACGAAUCUCGUCAUUAGCUCUUGGGGCGGGCUCCUGAAAGAACGAUUUGACACCAUUCUCGCCAAGAAUUACUUGAAUUGGAGAGGUGUGACAUUUGAUCCAGAAAACUUUGCAGUUGCAGCGGAAAAAGCAAAAGAGACGAUGAAGGGAAGUAGCGGCGGAGACUUGAAGGGCAUCUUUAAAUCACUAGCUGCAGAAGCCGACGAGGAGUCGAAGCAAAAUAAUGGCUCUGGGGAGUCUGAUCCCCCUCGCACAGACAAGUCGGACCAUCCUUCAGACUCAGCACAACCGGAUCCUGCGCUCGCUCAACCCACUCCACAUGAAGCAUCAGAACCUCAACCGAUAUCUUCUGCGCGCCAACAGGAACUCCAAGAUCAAGGCGAAAUCGUCUAUCUGACCUCCGACUCUGACUAUACUCUCACGACACUGAAGCCCUAUUCGACUUAUAUCGUUGGCGGCCUAGUCGACAAGAACAGACACAAGGGAAUCUGCUAUCGGACGGCCCUUAAACAUAACAUCAAGACCGCCAAAUUGCCCAUUGGCGAAUACAUGGAAAUGACGAGUCGCAAGGUGCUGGCGACCAACCACGUUGUGGAGAUCAUGGUUCGAUUUCUCGAAUGUGGAGAUUGGGGUGAGAGUUUCAUGCAGGUCAUUCCCAAGCGAAAAGGUGGUAAACUUCGCAGUGUAUCCGAAGAUGCGAACGUCCAAGGCGUUGAGGAUGGUGACGAUAAUGAUGAACAACGCAAUGGCGAUGACGGCGAAGAUGACGAUGAAAGCGUCGACGAAGAGGACCAUGCAAAUUAAGGCAUGCAAGAUUGCCGUGGCAAUUAGAUUCAUAAAGUGCGCUUGAUCUGGAAGCCCAGACUUGAGAGGCGCUGCAGAAAGGUAAGAUGAUAUUAUGAUAUUCACGCAUACUAGCAAGCGGGUCGUUCAUAU